CGCGGCGGCGGCGAUGAGUGCCUCUGCGGCCACCGGGGUCUUCGUGCUGUCCCUCUCGGCCAUCCCGGUCACCUAUGUCUUCAACCACCUGGCGGCCCAGCACGAUUCCUGGACAGUCGUGGCGGUUGCUGCCCUCAUGUUGCUCCUGGUGGCCCUGCUGGCUCGUGUCCUGGUCAAAAGAAAACCACCCCGGGACCCACUGUUCUAUGUGUAUGCGGUGUUUGGAUUCACCAGCGUGGUGAGCCUCAUCAUAGGCCUGGAACAGGACGGAGUCAUUGAUGGGUUCAUGACGCACUACUUGAGAGAGGGUGAGCCGUAUCUGAACACGGCGUACGGGCACAUGAUCUGCUACUGGGACGGCUCCGCUCAUUAUCUGAUGUAUCUGGUGAUGGUGGCGGCCAUCGCUUGGGAGGAAAGUUAUAGAACCAUUGGCCUCUAUUGGGUUGGAUCUAUUAUCAUGAGCAUUGUCGUUUUUGUGCUGGGAAACAUUGUGGGAAAGUAUGGAGCCCGCAUUUGUCCUGCUUUUAUCUUAAGCAUACCGUAUACUUGUCUUCCUGUUUGGGCUGGUUUCAGAAUCUAUAAUCAGCCAUCAGAAAGUUAUAAUUAUCCCUCAAAGGUCAUUCACGAAGCCCAAGCAAAGGACCUGAUGAGAAGACCAUUGGAUUUAAUGCUGGUCGUGUGUCUCCUCCUCGCAACUGGAUUUUGUCUGUUUAGAGGACUGAUUGCUUUGGAUUGCCCGGCUGAGCUCUGCCGAUUUUACACGCAAUUUCAAGAGCCCUACCUAAAGGAUCCCGCUGCUUAUCCUAAAAUCCAGAUGCUGGCGUAUCUGUUCUACUCUGUCCCUUACUUCGUGAUUGCGCUCUAUGGCUUGGUGGUUCCGGGAUGCUCCUGGAUGCCUGACGUCACGUUGAUGCACGCCGGAGGUCUAGCUCAGGGACAGAGUGCAGUAGCGUGCACUCGUACAGCUCAGGACAGUGUAUUGCUGGGAUAAAGUCACUGGAGAAAUUGAGAUAAUCCAUCUUUGUGAGGACUGUGGUGUCAGAAAGAAAGGUAAGCUGCUUCAAAUUUAAAAAGCAUUUGGAAUGUAUGCAAAUUACUCUGUAUAAUAUUUAUAACUUAAUUACUUGGGACAUAUGGUUCGAAGACAUACAAGAUUUAACAAAAUCAAGAUGUACGAUAAGAAAGGAAGUCUAGAUUUCUUUUAAAAUUUAGAUGGCAUGUGUGUGACAAAAUAUUUCCAUUUCAGAAAAGAAUUGUUUCAAUCCGGGUCCUACCAUAAAUCCUACCAGGUUACGUUUCUUCAUAGGGACGCUGUUUUUGUUUUCUUCAUCAUUAACCCAAAUACCUUACUCCCCCUACUCCCCAUGCUCUUCAGGGACAAAGGAAAGAGGGAUUUCGGGCCCCCCGUAUUUCUUCCUAAAACAGCCUGUUUCUUCUUUCCUUUGCUAAGUGAAUGAACUCGCUUGUGAGCUCAUGAGUACUCGCUUGUGGGUAUGUUC